UUCGGUUCGGAGCAGUUCGGAGUCGCUGGAUGCGAAGCGCUUGCACGAUACACCAACAGAGAACGCUGCGGUAUGCCUACACAUGACGCGCGCGAAACGAAAAAUGUCACUAAAUUACAGAGCGCUGUUUUUAUUUUCCAAGAACAAUGUAAUUUGCAUCAUAUUCUAGAAACCGAAUAUUGAAGAGAUUUUAGCGAGGCAGCUCUACCGCAAUUAUAAUAAUCGCAAGUUGUUUGUCGUAAUAAAAAAAAAAGAAAAUUAUCAGCAAGAAGAUACCGGCUUGAAGUUUGUCUCUCAUUUGAUUUCUUUAGUUUUGCAACAAUGCCUAUUACAUACCUGCCUUAAUUGGCGUCGCGAAGUAGAACCCAACGGUCGAAUCGAACCGACGUUGAAAGGAAAACGUAAAAAGGAAUUAUGCAAGAAGAAAACGCUCGCGCGUGCACGCAAAGCGGCGGCAGAUUCAUCGAUACGCUGAUCACACAAUGGGUGAACCGAACGGGAAGCAAUGUUCCGUCACAGCAAGCGGAAGAGCAGGUAGCCGAAAGUUCGAACACGAAGGAUGUCGACAACAACAAGCAGCAAGCCCUGCAGAAUCACGAACGCGUGAUUCAAAGCCUGAAACGAAAACUGAAGGAGAGCCAAGAGGCGGAGGCCUCAUUGUCCGCCUCCUUGGAGACGGAGGUGCGCAACAGGGAGGAGAUUCAGACGAAACUGAACGCCACUUGGGUGUAUAUUGAGAACAUUACGGAGUAUUUCAAUUACAUCAAAGAGAGCCUUGCCAGUUUUCAACAGCACCGCACUAGUUUGGCCUCCUUAUAUGAUAACGUGAUUUUGAAACAACAAGAAACCAUCCAGAAGCUGCAGCUGAACGACUCGAAAUCAAAAGAUCUGGAGAAUCAUGUCGCGCAAUUGAAAAAUAAUUCGCUAUUUCAGGAGGAAAGAUUACAAGAGGCGAUAGCGGAGCAGAAUAAAUUACGAAAGCAAUUGGAGACCUCCGAAUGUGAGCUGCAGUUGCAGAGGAAUGAAUUGGCGAACGCACAUGCCGCGGAAAAGCUGACACUUGUCAAAGAACAGCAGCGAUUGCUAUUAGAAUAUGAAAAUGUACAAUCGCGACUGCAGAUGGUCGAGAAAGAGAAAUGCGACAUCGUCGCACAACUAGAAAACAAAUUGCUCCUUCAUGAAGACAAAAUGCAAGAGGCGCUGAUGGAGCAUAACAAAUUAAAAAAACAAGCGGAGAGUGCUGAACGCGAAUUCCAUUCGCAGAAAAAUGAAUUAACGAGAGCAUACGCUGAAGAAAAGAAAAUGCUUAUUGAAAAACAACAGCGAUUGCAACUAGAAUCGGAAAAUUUACAAUCACGAUUAAACACGUUAGAGCAAGACAAAAACAAUAUUACGGAAAUAAUCGAGCAAAAAGAUGCACUUAUCUCAAAAUUGGAAGAUGAAGUCUCCAUGUAUAAAAAUCAAAUCGAUACGAUAACGGCGAGAUAUAACGAGACGAGCGCUAAGUGUGAAGCAUUAACGGAAAGGCAACAUACGCGGGAGGAAGAAUUGGUUACAAAAACGGAAAGAAUUCAAAAUUUAGAGACGAUGUUAAGUGCAGUAAAGCAAAGGGAGGCAGAUCUUGUUAAUGACGUGAAUAGAAUAGAGGAAACAUUAACUAAUAAAAGGGAUUAUAUCAACAAUCUGGAAAAUAAGCUUUCGAACGUGCAGAGGGACUUGCAACUUGCACAGAUGCAGAACACUGCGAUGAAGGAGAAUCUAGAAAGAACUAAAAGUACCAACGAGUUUACCACUACCGAGCUUCAGCAAAAACUGAAGGCUCUUCAGAGAGAAAAAGAAGAAAUUAUAAAACGAGAAAGUACAAAGAAUAAGAACGCAGAGACGUUGUAUGAAAAUACACGAACCAAACACACUGAAGAAAUAUCAACUUUAAAGAACAAUUACGAAACACGAUUAGUCGAAUUACAAAAAACUAUAGAGUACCUAAAUGAAGUGAUCAAUGGUAUCAAGAAAGAGAAUAACGCGCUGAACAAGUCUUUGACGGAAACAAGAGCGGACAACACCAAUUUAAGAAAUAAUCAUGAGUUUCUUAUGCGUCGUAAUGAUGAUCUUCAGAAAAAGUUGAAAGAAGCUGCGGAAAUAACGCAGAUAAAAUCGAUUGACGAUCGAAAGCCCACGAGUGUAUCUACUAAGUACGACGAUUCCACACCGGUGAGUUUAAACGAUAAUAAUGAAGAUAAGCCAACGCAAACACUGGAUUCGAUGAGGCCUUCGAUGAAGAAGCAUAAUCAGAACGAGCAAGAAGCGGAAGUUACGUCAGUAACAAGCAAGAAGUUUUUCAAGUUCCGUUCCGUUCAACCUCAACCACGUACUUACGCCAAACGGCGAAGAGAUUGAAGAAACUUACAAAAAGAUCAUUGUUUCGAAUGGAACACAUCUGAAUGAGUAUCAGAUUCUUUUUGUUCAUUUCUUUUAUUAUUAUUAUACAGGAUUUUCUCAUUUCCAUUCGAAAUUAAUUUAAGUAUUAUUUAUAUAUAAUAAAAUACACAAGAUUUUCAUUAGGAAAUUAUAAAUGUGAGCUAGAGGUUGUAUGCAUUCGAUGUAGACCUACGGUUAAUAUCGGACAAAAAGAUAGUCGCGUUUACAGUAACGUCGUAAUAUGAAGUCUCAUCAUCGCGCUCUCAGAAAAAACGCCCACGCACCUUCGACACAGAGCAGACGAGAUUGUAGCUAGUGUGGAAGCGCGCAGAAAACUUAAAUUUAAACGUGAUUCAUCGGUUCGCCAUCCGACCAAUAAAUGAUCCUCUUUCAAUCGACGCGGUCCAAAUUACGCAAUGUAAUAGAGUCGCGCAAAUCUCACCUUUUACAAGAUAUCGUUAUAUGCAUUACUUUUUUGUUCCAGCUGUUAUAACGCAACUUACAAACAUAUCACUUUCAUGUUGUAGGUGUAACGAUUUUAAUUUUUCACGAUUGAUUUGUAAUAAGAACGUCUUGGAAACAAACUUUUAUAUUUUAUAAACUCUCUCAAGCUCACAAAUUAGUCUAUAUAUAUCAGCGACAAACUUUUAGAGUUUCGUCCUCGGGAUGUCUAUAAUUUUCCGCAUUUUCUCCGACUCUAUCGUCUCUAUCUCACGUUCACACGAGAGGCGAGUAUCUGCCGUGAAAUCUGGAUCGCGCAAUAAUAACCCGAGCCAUAUGACAGAGAACUAUUUAAAAGUAGCGCGUCCCACUUUUCACGAGGGCGACCGUAUUUUUUUUUUCUCCAUUCCUUCCUUCUGUGUCAGGACCUCGACACGUUGCCUACGCCCUAUACUGAAGAGCUAUGUGUUGGAAUAUGCAAUGUAAUCAAACCGAGAACAACGCGCGAGCCGUUUUGCUCGAACAGUUCAAACUAUCCUUGAUCUGACAUUUCUGUCUCCUAAUAAGGAUCCAUUCAAAUCAUUCAGACUUAUGUAUACAGCGACAUGUAUAAUAUCUGUCCCCUUUUUUAUUUGUUCUUCAUAUUCAUUCGUUCCCCAUCGAUUUCUCGAUUCAAAUUAGAGUAUUAGAACAUAUAUGUACAAUGUUAUUAUAUCAAAUUUAAACAGAAAAUAAAAAAAUGUUAACUAAUUAACUCUCUAUCAAACAAUUGAUUGUGAAAAAUUCGAAAUAUUCUCUUUCCGUUGUAUUUUUUAAAUAGACAUUACAGACGCGUAAUCGGCGUCUGAGACUCUUAAUAGUCGCUUAUUUAAUAAUGCCAACGCAACAGUGACACGCUCACGCGAAUCUUGUUUCGGCUUAUUUACCGGAUGCUAUAAUCAUUACUAAGCUGCCCAAUUUUCAUAGCAGCUGCGUCUCUCUGCGAUUUCGGAAAACCUAUUUCUCGUUUAACUGAAUAAGCCGCUAAUAUUAGAAUCCCGAAACGUGUGGAAUCACGUACGCUUGCGUCGCUUAUACGGGGUGUCGCGUCAACCAUGCGGAAUAUGAGAAAAAGUUAUCUCCGAUACUUCUCGUUUAUUGAUCAUCGAGCCAACGAAGAAGAGGAUAGGAUAGAAAGCCUUGAAGAUACAUCACAAUCCACACGAACAUUGACGAGGAAUCCUCGAUUGCGCUUUUGUGUGGACAUACAU